AUGGCACGUGAAGGAACCCGCUCCCAGACCGGCAACUCCAAGCCGCGUCUCUUCCCAGUCGUCGACACCGCUCCUGUUCGCAAGCAGAACACCACGACCACCACGACCGCAAAGAAGCCCAAGACUACUUCUACUGCUGCCAAGGCCGCGAAGCCUGUCGGCGUCACCAAGAAGAAGGCCACCACCGCCAAGAAGGGCCCUUCUGUCGCUACCAAGGCCAAGUCGGUAGCCAAGAAGGCAGAAACCAAGGUGGCCGCGGCCACCAAGGCAGGGAAGAAGGAGACCAAGCCCAAGACCACAAAGGCAAAGGCGACCCCCGCCGUCGCAGCCUAA